CUUGUGAGAAGGACUGUCCUGACUGCCUGAAUGGAGGCAUCUGCCACGACAGUGUUGGGGAGUGCAUCUGCCCCCCAGGUUUCAUGGGCACGCGCUGUGAGAAAGCCUGUAGGGAAGGGAGGUUUGGCCGUAACUGCCAGGAACAGUGCAACAAUGACCAGGGCUGCAAGGGGCUAAGCUUCUGCCUGCCAGAUCCAUACGGCUGUUCCUGCGCUUCUGGAUGGAGUGGCUUACAGUGCAGCACAGCCUGCCCUCUUGGACGCUACGGCGCAGACUGUGCCCUGGAGUGUCACUGCCAAAAUGGAGGCACCUGCAACCGCUUCAGUGGCUGUGUUUGCCCAUCAGGGUGUCAUGGGGAGCGCUGCGAGAAAUCAGAUCGGAGUCCCCAGAUCAUCAACUUGGCCGCAGAGCUGGAGUUUAACCUGGGUUCCCAGCCUGUGAUCAGCUGUAUGGCCACGGGCAACCCGCCCCCAGUGCGAGACAGCAUCGAGCUGCGCAAGGCUGACGGGACAGUGCUCACGUCGAUUAAAGCCAUCAUGGAAACAGACAAAACCACCUCUGAGUUCCUGGUGCCAAUGCUCACCGAGGCGGACACGGGCCUCUGGGAGUGCAGAGUUUCCACCAGCGGGGGACAGGACAGCAGGAGAGUCAAUGUCGAUGUCAAAGUCCCUCCAGUGCCACUGAGGCCUCCCCGGCUGCUGGCCAAGCAGAGUCGGCAGCUUGUGGUUUCCCCAGUGGAUGGAUUCUCUGGUGACGGCCCAGUCACCUCCAUCAAACUGCUCUACAAGCCCAAGGACAACACCUCGCCUUGGUCAUCCAUUGUGGUUGACAACAGUGAAAACAUCACACUCAUGAACCUACGGCCAGUCACGGCCUACCUGGUCCAGGUGCAGCUGAGUCGCCCUGGUGACAAAGGGGAAGGUGCCAUGGGACCGCAGGCGGUCAUGGUGACAGAGUGUCAAGAACCCACAGCCAAGCCUGUGAUCGAAGGCUGGUCCGUAGAGGGGAAGAACACGCUUCAUGUUAAUUGGAACUUGCCAAAUAACUACGAGCCAGCAAAUGGGUUCGUUGUACGUCUCUUGGACUCAGCAAAAGUGCUUGUCCGUGAGAUGAAUAUAACCUCCAUGUUUGUGCACUCUGCCCGCAUCCCUAACCUGGAGUUCAACAAGGAGUAUGGCCUGGAAGUGUCGGUCUAUCACUGCACCAGCCUGGGCCCUCCAUCUGACCUCUACAAGGUCAUGAUCAACAGCAAAGGUACCUUGAGCGAGGUGCCCAGACUGAAAAGCCAGGACAUGCAGCCCUCGGGAAUAGACCAGCAGCUGCUCAUGGCCAUCAUCGGCUCUGUGUCUGUCACCUGCCUCACCAUCCUUUUUGCCCUCUUGGCACUUUUCCUUAUCAAGAAGAAUUUUUUUCACCGGCGCCGGACCUUCACCUACCAGUCUGGCUCAGGGGAAGAGACCAUCCUGCAGUUCAACUCAGGGACCCUGACCCUGACCCGCCGGCCAAAGCCCCAGCCUGAGCCCCUCAGCUACCCCAUCCUGGAGUGGGAGGACAUCAAAUUUGAGGAUAUGAUUGGAGAGGGGAACUUCGGGCAGGUCAUCAGGGCAAUGAUCAAAAAGGACGGCCUGAAAAUGAAUGCAGCCAUCAAGAUGCUGAAAGAGUUUGCCUCAGAGAACGACCACCGGGACUUUGCGGGGGAACUGGAGGUGCUGUGCAAACUGGGACACCACCCCAAUAUCAUCAACCUGCUGGGGGCCUGUGAGAACAAAGGCUACCUGUACAUUGCUAUUGAGUAUGCUCCCUAUGGGAACCUGCUCGAUUUCCUCCGGAAAAGCCGAGUCCUAGAGACUGACCCGGCCUUCGCGAAGGAGCAUGGGACGGCAUCUACCCUCACGUCCCAGCAGCUCCUCCAGUUUGCUUCCGAUGUGGCCAAGGGAAUGCAGUAUCUAAGCGAGAAGCAGUUCAUUCACAGGGACCUGGCAGCCAGGAACAUUCUGGUGGGGGAGAACCUGGCUUCCAAGAUCGCCGACUUUGGCCUUUCCCGAGGGGAGGAGGUCUAUGUGAAGAAAACCAUGGGCCGCCUGCCAGUUCGCUGGAUGGCCAUCGAGUCACUGAACUACAGCGUGUAUACCACCAAGAGUGACGUGUGGUCCUUUGGGGUGCUGUUGUGGGAGAUUGUCAGCCUGGGAGGAACUCCUUACUGCGGGAUGACGUGUGCUGAGCUCUACGAGAAACUGCCACAGGGAUAUCGUAUGGAGAAGCCCCGCAAUUGUGAUGAUGAGGUGUAUGAGCUGAUGAAGCAGUGCUGGCGAGACCGCCCCUACGAGCGCCCGCCCUUCGCUCAGAUCUCCAUGCAACUUAUCCGGAUGCUGGAGGCCAGGAAGGCCUAUGUGAACAUGGCCUUAUUCGAGAACUUCACGUACGCCGGCAUCGACGCCACAGCGGAGGAGGCCUGAGGGCGAGUGGAGCACAGCGCCGGGAGCCCUGUAAAUAACACACCCCUACUUGCCGCACUUGGACGCCAGGGGAGGGACAUGGCCUCUGCCCCGUGUGGGGCAUGCUGUAAAUGGCCUGCUCCAGCGUGGGGAGUGGAGACGAGGAACUGCCCUUUGUCCUGGAGCAGGAACUUGCCUGGGGGCAGUUUCUGGCUAACAUGAUACCCCCAUAUUCUGCAGCCAGAUUCCUGGCUGAACGGCAGCUUCUGCCCCCCAGUCCGCUCAGGCAGGACUGCCCUGCGCUUGCUGCCCUCUCUGCUGGUCUCUGCAGUGCAGCUCUACACCAGUGGCAGGGCCAGGCUCUCCCUGUCUCAUGCCCCUCCCCACUCUCCCAAUCCUUGCUGCAGGCAGGCGCUGUGCCUGGCCGAGAACAGGGGCAGGGAGGCGUGUCUCCCCUUGAGCCCAUGGACACUGGGGCCUUCUCUGAAGCUGGAGGAUGUGAUACCAGCCCCUUGCUGCCCUAAGAGAGGCACAAAGACUUGUCCUGGGUAAAGGACAGACUUGGAAACAGCCCCAAAUGUAGAGCCCUCGUCCCCACCUCCAGCCCUGGUGUUUCGUGUGUGGCUGCUCAGCUUCCCUGCUGCCCGUGGGCUCUCGGAACUGACUCGCUGUGCAGCUGGACCUGGCCCGGCACCAUGCGGCCAGCGUACUGGCACGCAGAGCUGUGCAAACAUUGCUCCUGGAUGCUGGAGACCCUCUGGGACAGGGCCGAUCAGGGGAGUCCGAGAGGAAGGAUUCCAGCGCUCGCCUUUGGAACACCAUGGAGGAGUAAAAUAUUCCAGGCUUGGCCCCAGGCUCCUCUCUGACCUGCCAGAGACCAGUGGCUGCCACGACUUGUGCUUUACGGUUAAUAAAGGAAGUCU